AUGUUUGACAACUUGAUCAGGAAGCAAUUGUGGAAUCGGGACAACCGGUUAUGCUAUUACUCGGGGCCUAUUACAGUAUUGUUGGACUCCUUCAUAACACAUGUUACUGGAUAUAAGUUGGAAAAUAUCGAGGAGUUUGAGGUGAAUGCAGAUUCUCUUGGGAUGUGGCAGUUCAUCGGAAGGGAAGAUGAUGAACAGGGAAAUGUUAGUAGUGACACAGAUAUGGAGUUGGAAAUAGUUGAGAGAGAAUUUGCAGAUGAGGAGGAUGUGGCGAGUAAUGAAGAUGCAAUUGAAAAUGAAAGUGAUGGCAUUGAUGAGGACACAGACACAGAUGAAAACAUGUUACAGAAAAAUGCAUAA